GGGGAAAAACCUAAGAGAGAGAAAGAGAGGGGAUUUGUACUGAGAGACUACUCAAAUAGGGUUUGAAUCUCGUCUAUCUUCUCCCCAUGGAAAGGAUUCAUGUUUCUGUGAGACCGAAGCCUCUCACUCUUGAAGAUUCGAAAAGCAGUUCAUGGAAAAUUAACGAGAACUCCAUCACAAUUCCAAAUCAACCUACCAAAUUCGAAUUCGAUCAUAUCUUCAAAGCAGAAUGUAAAACUUCAGAAGUUUAUGAACUUCGUACUAGAGAACUUGUUUCUGCUGCCGUUCGUGGAUUCAAUGGUACUGUUUUUGCUUACGGGCAAACUAACAGUGGCAAGACACAUACAAUGCGAGGAUCAGCUUCUGAGCCAGGUGUUAUUCCUCUCGCUGUGCAUGAUUUGUUCCGCACUAUUCAAGAGGAUAUGGAUCGAGAGUUUCUCUUAAGAAUGUCAUAUAUGGAGAUAUAUAACGAAGAGAUCAACGAUUUGCUAGCUCCCGAGCAUCGCAAAUUACAGAUUCACGAAAGUAUUGAUAGAGGAAUAUUUGUUGCUGGACUGAGAGAAGAAAUUGUUGCCACUCCUGAACAAGUUCUUGAACUAAUGGACUUUGGAGAAUCUCAUCGCCACAUUGGCGAGACAAACAUGAAUACUUACAGUAGCAGAUCCCACACAAUCUUUCGCAUGAUUAUUGAGAGUCGAGAUAGGACUGAAGAUGGGGAAGUUGGCAUUUCCUGUGAUGCUGUUCGUGUAUCUGUCCUGAGCUUAGUGGACUUAGCUGGUUCAGAACGUGCUGCAAAGACUGGCGCAGAAGGUAUGCGUCUGAAAGAGGGCUCACACAUAAACAAAAGCCUUAUGACUCUCGGAACUGUGAUCAAGAAAUUGAGUGAAGGUGCUGAAAGCCAAGGGGGUCAUGUGCCAUACAGAGACAGCAAACUCACUCGCAUUUUGCAGCCAUCAUUGGGUGGCAAUGCUAAUACUGCCAUUAUCUGCAAUAUUACUCUUGCACAGAUCCAUGCAGACGAGACAAAAAGUAGUCUUCAAUUUGCGAGUCGAGCGUUACGUGUUACGAAUUGUGCACACGUGAACGAGAUUUUGACAGAUGCAGCUUUGUUAAAGCGUCAAAAGAAGGAGAUCGAGGAGCUGAGAGGAAAAUUGAAGGGUUCUCACUCUGAGCAUUUUGAAGAGGAGAUUCUCCAACUACGAAACACAUUAUUGACGAGUGAAUUGGAAAGGGAGCGUAUAGCUUUGGAGCUGCAAGAGGAAAAAAGGAGGUUGCAAGAGCAAGCUAAAAAAAUAGAGAAUUUGAGCUCAAUGGUGUUGAACUCAAACACGGAUGACAAACGCUCUACUUUUAAAAAGGACAAGAGGAGAGAUACAUGGUGCCCAGGUGCUCUCACACAAGAGAAUGUUAAAGGAGAGGUGGCUGCUGCAAGUCAACCAAAGGCUUCUUUUGAGGAAUCUAUAAGACCUGAAGGAGAUACAGGGUUGGCUGUUCCUUUUGAAGAACUUGAAAACAAAGUGAGCAGCAAUGAAAUCCUUCAAAGUACCAGCUUAUCAGAUAAAAUUGGAAACAUCGACUUGCCAGGAGACUGCAUUGUUCCUGGUGCAACUGCCUUGUUAAAUGUAACUAAUAGAAGAAAACCACCGCUUCAUAAGAAGAGUACACAGGACGAAAACAAGUUAGUCAGGAUGCAGGCAGAAUAUGAAGACUUGCUUGUAGAAUUUGAAACUCAGAGAACAACUAUGGACAUAGAGAUCGAAUGCUUAACCAAAAAAUUAGAGGCAAAGAUUCAUUUGGAUGCUCCUUCUACGUGCGAACCAUGUAAAAGUAAUUUUCAGGGGAAGUCGGAGGCAAUUUGUACGACUGAACAACUCCAGGAACAGAUUAAAAUAUUAGAGAUGGAGAAAUCUUCACUCCAAACCAAUUUGGAUUAUUAUGUGGAUUUGGCAAUGGGGCAGAAGACACCCAAUGAGGAGGAUAGUGAAAUGGCAGAAUUGUCAGUGGAAGUCGGAGCUUUAAUGUUGGAAUUUCAGAAUUCAAAAUAUGCUGCUGAGAGCAUUUGUUCUGUUAUCGAUGAGCUAUUUCAAAACUUCUCAGGUGUAUUGGGCGUGUUCUCGGACCUCAAGUCAUCUAUAGGCCCAAGUGCUGUACAUUUGAAUUCCAUAAUUGGUGACCAUAAGGAGAUGUAUGGUUGCUUGAUGAAGAAGAUCUCUGAGCUUGAAAGUGAUAAGUGUACUUUGCUUAAUCAGUCCACCAGCCUUCAUAAACAGAUAGAGGAUCUUAAAGUGGAUUUACAACAAUCUGAAAGGGUCUUGACGGAUCGUGAUGAACUGCAUGAGCUGGAGAAAGUGGAGCUCCUUUCCCAAAUACAAACUCUCAAAAAGGAGAUAUCAAAAUUGUCUUCUUGUUCAUUGGAAAGAGAAAAAGAAGCAUUGAGAAAAGAGCUUGAGAAAACAAAACUGAAGUCGAAGGAGACUGAGUCCAAACUUAAGAACGCUAUCCAUGAGAAAACUAGACUUGAGGGUGAGAAAGCACAAGCAGAACGAGAAAUAAAGCAAUUGCAUGGGCAGAAAAAUCUUCUUGUGCGUGAUAUCUCCAGGCGUGACUCUAAUAUGUUUGACAUGAAGAAGUCCCGGGGUCCUGCUGGUCCUUCUAUACAGAUGAUGCAGGGAGAAUAUGAAAAGCUAGAAGUUUUGGCAUUUGAGAUGGAAACAACGAUUGCCUCUUUGGAAGAAGAAUUGAAAGCUGUAAGUACAGAAAAGGAGGAGGUCUUAUAUAAUAAGGAUAUUUUAGCUUCAGAACUGGAAGCUAUGUCCUUGGACUUGAAUUCAGCAAACUUGGAAAAGGAGGCGAUGCAAGAUGAGUUAUCAAGCAUGAGAGAUAACAUUGCCGAAUCUGUGUUGUCUUGCAACAAAAUGGAAAGAGCUAUCAGCCAAAUGUUGGAAGAAAAAGAAGAGUUGGCAAUGCAACUCACAAAUGCCCUUAUGGAUCUGGAGGAGGAAAAGGCUAUAUGGUCUGCUAAGGAGAAAGCAUCUAUUGAAGCCAUCGCAGAUAAGGGAAGGAUAUCGAAUGAGCUAACACAGUUGUCAAAGGAGAUGUUGGAGGUGAGGCAUCAACUUGAGUGCUUGAGAUAUGAAUGUAAGAUCCUCAAGGAAACUUUAACCCUGUCCGAGGAAAAUACUGCAAGGGAAAGAAAAUGCAGCAUGGACAAGUCUGCAGAAAUUGAUCAGCUAAAACUCAAAAUAUCUGUGGCGGAGAGUGAAAAUAGUCUAGAUUUAGCGAAGGCUAGAGCUGAUGCCGAUGAACCAAUUAGAAAGCUCUCCGACAUGGAACUCAAGAUUCGUAAUGAUACUAUAAGCAAUACAAACGAAAAAGCCAAGGCCAGGUUAAGACUUCGAGGUACACAGAUAAAGCUAGACAUGUACAGAGGUAGAUACAAAGAAGCAAUUAAUGAGAAAACCAUUAUGAAUGAGAAUUUUGAGCAGGCAGCCAAAAGACUUAAAGAGCAGUUGCGUGUACAGGUAACUGAGAAUGUACGCCUCAGGAAACAACAAUUGGGAAGAGAAAUAUAGUACACGUCCACAACUAUAGACUUUCUUAUACCAUUUUGUAUAUCAGAUCAGAGUAGCUUUUUUAGUCUAUAUGUAGAUUACAAAGUAAUCUUGUAAUUGUUUUAUCAAAGUAAUAAUUAUUGUAGACUGUUGUAAAAGUUUCUCUGUUCUGUUGUAAUGUAAAAUGAACAUUGCAGUAGCAUAAAAACCCAUAAAAAAGAAAUCCAUAAAUCAUCUAAAUUUUUUUGGGCA